AUGUCUGAUAAUUUAUUUUUUUAGGUCACUCUUGAAAACAAGACUAUUUUUAUUUGUAAUCCUUAUUCAUCCAGGCACAUGUCUCUAUUUUCAAAAUUAGAGUAGGAUUCAAUUAUAUUGAGCACAACAACUAACAAGUAAAGCUCUGUAUUACUUUAAAAUAAUACUAUUUUAGUUUUAUCAUUUAUGGAGUAAGAGUUAUUUAAAGGAAAUGAAUCACUUAUUCAUUAAAAUUACUACACAUUGA